CGUCUCGUCCCUCGCUCUCGUCCUAUCAGGUAUUUCCAUCUCUCCAGCCAAUGGCGGCCGCGACGGUUUCUCCUCGGUCGCCAGACCUCGGCAGUGGCUCACGUCUGGCAGGGGCGGGCGUUGUGCGAUCCCCCCUCCUCAAUGAUCGGCCAACCUCGAGCGGCUCGGCGGGCACGGCCAAGGGCAGGUCCAGCUCCCAGACGCCUGGCGCACCGAAUGGCACCAAGAUCAAUACAGUCACGUACCGCAAUGCCACCAUCAAGGCGCUCAUCGACCCCAGCCUGCCCGUGGGCGAUGUGAUCCGCCAGCUGUGUGCCAAUGCCCACCUGGGUGUCCAGGAGCCUCCGGCGCUGUUUGCGCUCCGCGAUGACGAGGACGAGGAGCUCAUCGACGACUCCAACAUGGCGAGAAAGAUUGACGCAGGGAGAAAUUUCAAACUGUGCUCUUCGCCGACGAUCGAGGCCGUCGAGAUGGUCGACAAGCUCUCGUCGAGGGAUGAGAGGACGCUCAAGAUGGCCACAUAUACCCUCCAGCGGCUCAUCCGCGAGCAGCCUUUCAGCGCCGAGUUUCUCAACAGAGGCGGGCUCGAAGAGCUCGUGGAGAUCUCCAAGACAUUGAGCGGGAGCAACACGCUCGCAUACACCCUCACGAGCAUCCAGAACCUCAUGGAAAGCUCCGACGAAGGGUGGCAGAGCCUGGACAGCGCAUUCAUCAAGAAGGUGGUCAACACCCUGGCCACGCAGGAGCGAAUCAACGUCUGCCGACCUGCGACGGCCAUCCUCAAGAAGCUCGUCGUCUCAGGUCCCGACAAUGCGCCGCAGGAGCAGGAGGGAAAGGUCGUCGCCGAGGGCGAUGCCCCGGCGAGGACAGAGGCAAAGGCUGGCGAUGUCCAAGGUUCGAACAGCGUCUAUCGCUUUGGUUUCGAUGUCGUGUACCGCGAGGUGGAGAGGGAGCCAGACUUCCUCAGCACCCUCAUGCAGCGCCUCAGCAGCGCAGACACGACGCUCUGCCUCUAUAGCCUCAGUCUCAUCAACAGUCUUAUGCGCCACGUCUCAGACAAUCUCUUUGACGCAUUCACCUCUGAGCUCGAGCGGCUGGGCGUGUCCAAGGCUGUUGCACGGCUGAUGGACUCAAACAGGGGCGAAGAGCUCACCUCGUCGAUUCUCGAGUACCAGAUCAACGUCAUCCGCGUCGCACACCACCGUCUGCGCACCUCGGUGACACCGACGGACAAGCGCCACGUCAGUGCCCUCUCCUACCUCUGGCUUCAGGCGCGCAUCCCAGAGACAACGACGGCCGAAGGCAGCACCCAGUCCUUUGGAGGCACGGCACAGAAGUUCAAGUGGCGCAGGUUGGGCUUCGAGCACGAAAAUGUGGCAAAGGACUUUGUCCGGACCGGCUGGCUCGGCCUCGAGUGCUGCGAGCACUUUGUGAGGAACGACCCCGAGGCCUACGCCAAGAUCAUCCUCGAGCAGGUCAAUCGGCCUUCGUCGAGACGGUGCCCCUGGGGCAGGGCGUCGUUGGAGGUCGUCGAGAUCCUCUGCGAUCACUACGAUAUCGAGUCUGGCUACAGCACCUCGACGCGCUUCCAGCCCCUGCUCCUCUCCUUUCACCGGCUCCACUCCCUGGCGCUGCGCUUCUUCCUGCGCAUGUGGUACGAGAGCGGCGCAGCGGCGAGCGACUUCGCGAGGGUGAGCGCAUUGACGAGAAGCCAGGUCAAGGAGGCCCUGCGCGAUGAAUCGACAAAGUCGUGGUACGAUGUCGAGCACGACUUUCUCCAGUCCGACUACCGCAUCGUCCGGGACCGGCAGAUGCGCGAACUCGAGGUGGAAGACGACUUUUCGAGCAAGCCAAGCAUCCGCAACCUGAGGGCGAGGCUGUACAGGGAGAGCUACGAGUUUGUGCGGCAGCAGAGAAUCCAGUGCCUGCUCGAGGGCGCCUGGUUCCGCAGCGCACCGUCCAAUUCGCUCGCUUCUACCGGUCUCGCGCCUACAGCAUCGAGAAACAGCAAGGGCUUCGUCCAGGCCAAUCCACGACCUUGGCGUUUCUACCGCCUGAGCCCUAAUAAAAAGUACCUCUACUACUGCGAGGCGGUGGAAAGGGGCCCGAUACGGUCUGGGCUCGACGACCUGCCCGAAAAGAUUGACCUGAACCAGGUCACUGACAUUUCACUCCAGUCUGCCGCCGCAGCAAAUGCUACCUCGGCGGGCAACGGCGCAGACUCUACCACGGGCAACCUCACAUUCAGCCUGCUCCGGGCGCCAGACGUGAGCAUGGCCGACUUUGUCGCCCUGAAUGCAAGCCAGUACAGCGAGUGGACCGACGGCCUGAGCAUGCUGAGGGGCGAGGGCGGCAUGGUCUCGACAAAGGAGACGGCAGACUACAUUCAGAUGCUGACCGACAUUGGCGUCAAGGUCAAGCUGCUCGAUCUCACGGGCGAGACAGUCGAUAUCCCCUCUGCCGUGCCUCCGCCGCCGCUGCCUGUCUCGACGUCUUUCUUCUUUGCUGAUCUCUGAUUUCUAUAUACAUUGUUUGUUGCUUUCUCUUAUUCAUUUCUCUCUUCUUUCUUUUGGAAGAUAAGGCUGAAUGUUGCUAUGCUACUAGCCAAGCGCGGAGGAGGAGGCAGCGGCUGUCUGCCUGAGAUUACAUGAGCAAGGCCGAGCCGAACCCGAGAGGGCUUUAUUUGGAAUAACCUUGGCUGCUAUUGGUCAAAGCUAUUCCAAUGAAGUGCCCUGCCUUUACCCCGCACCACGCACAGAAGGUGCCGCAGAU